AUGAACAGAUGGAGGCUAAUACGAGACAGCUUCGUCAAGGCAGAAAAGAAAAUUUCAAGCGGGGCUGAUGCUGACUCUGUCCCUCCAACGCAUAAAUAUGCGGAUUUGCUGACGUUCCUCCGGCCUCACAUCCAGCACAGACGCCAAAAAAGUAAUGUGCGGCUUUCAAACCCAGCCAGCACCCAAGCUUGCACCACUACGCCCUCCCCAUCUAUCUCCACAGCAUCUGCAACAUUUGAAUUUGAUGAGGAAGCGGAACCCCGACCCACUUCAUCCCGCUCUGCCCCUUCUCCAGUGCCCCCUAUUCCCGGACCAUCAACCUCCAGGGAUGUGGAGAGGUCAAGAAGCCCCAGGGAAAGACCACAGCCCGUUGCCACACAGCAAAGUGCAGCACAGGACAGGGGGAGGAGGAGAAGGAGUCCAGCUGCACGUGGCGAUUUUCAGGACAGAUUGCUGGAGGUUCUGCAAGAGCCCCCUGCAAGACCUGAAGGCCCCAAAGAUGAGGCAUAUUUUUUUGCCUUAAGUUUGGUCCCAAUGAUGCUGAGGCUCAGUUCUGAUGGCCUAAGAAAGGCAAAAAUGGAAAUCCUGAACACUCUACACCAAAUAGAGGAUCAGGAAAAAGCUGCUCAAGCCAUCAGGAGGCCAACACCUCUGUUUUGCCCUCCCCCACCCCCCACGGCCCCCUCAACUCCAAGAGUGCAGCCACAUUUUCAGUCCCCACAGGAUCAAAGUGCAUUUGGCUCAUUCACUCAAAUGCUGCAGGACACAAGCCAAAUGCCUCAAAGUAGUGAAUGGGAGGACUAUCCUCAAUUUUAAGUUUACUUUGUGUGUUUGUAAAUAGUUUUACUUUAUUGUCUUUAUUUUAUUUUGUGUAUAACUUUUAAAAAUUUUGAGUGUAUUUAGAUUUUAUUUUAUGUUAUUUUUAUAAAUACAAAUCUCCUAUUUAAACGUUUGCUGUGUAUUUUUGUGUGAAUAAAAAAUAUUUGUU